CCAGCACCCGUAGUGCAAGCCCAGUCCAUCGUCAUCAUUCCGUCUGACGUCGCUCGCUGUUGUCGUCGUUUGUGUCCACAACGGGAGAACUGUGCGUGUUUGUGUAUUCAGCAUCACCACCCAAUGUUCCAAUGUAGAGUUUACGGUACGCGAUUUCACCCAAACCCAGCAGACACCAUCGGAGAAGUGCAGUUCAGUACGAAGAUAUUCGCGUAUGCCUUCGUCGAAGGAAGAGGUGCUUUCUGCUGAGCUAUUCCUAUUUUGCGGAAAACAUUUCCUUCUAGUGAACGGGUGUGAAGAAAGGUUCGAUGAUGAUUACCAAUUAACAACGUGUUUGGUUUGUAUUGUAGGUAGAUGACGAGAACGAAACAAAUUCCAAUUUGAUGUGUUUGUAUGAAUUUAAAGUGCCGGAUUAGUGAAUGAGAGAAAAAAAACUGGAAAAGCUGGAACUCUGUGCAGUGUAGGCUUAAGAAAAGCAAGGGUGAAGACAAAUGAUAGAAAAGUGGAUUAUCAUCAUCAACACUGUCGUAUACUGUCGUACUGAAUGGACUUGGACAUGUACUUACCUAGCUACAUAAAAUACAGUGCGAGUUGCUGCCGAUAGCAAAGAGAGUUUUUCGACAGGAUGAAAAUAUGAAUAUAAUACGUGUUUUUUACCGUAAUUGAAACCCUCUGGUGUGGUACAAUAUAGUAUUUCUAUAGCAUUGCUAACAUGGCUGGCUUCAAUAGCAGUGACGAGGAAGGUGGUCUGUUUCGUUUCAUAUUCACUCACGAGGAGAGCUGCCUCCAGUAGCGGAACCAAGUUGUAUGUACCUGGGACAUGAGUAUAUUUACAAACUUCCGAACAGGGUAAAUUAUUACGACGACCGAUCAACGAGUAUGAGCUCCAACCAGCAAGUGGCACCCACGGCGGUAGUGCGCCAUUGACGAGCGCCUAGCAGCAAACAUAUGUUCAACUAGAAGCUUAUAUCAGCGACCAUCAGAGUACGUGCAUACCGACGUAUAAGUAAUAAUAAUAUCUAUGCCAGCGACCAACCAGGCAGCGAUGUAGUUGGUAGUGCCGAUGCAAAAACUGCGCCAAUGAUGUAGAACGUGAAUUUGCACAAAAGUGCAGCUAUCUCUUAAAGUGCAACACAGCAGAGGCAGCAUCGUUGCUUCUCGAGUGCAGGGUAGUGCAGCGGUUUGCAAGUGAUAUCGGCUGUUCCUGCUUAUGCGUGGGGCGAAAGGGUGUGUAUGUGUGCUGCAAGUGAAAAUCAAGAAAAAAUAUCUCCACACGAAAAGCAGAACCAGUUUCUCUCCGCGGUUGCAUGCAUUAUCAAUUUUCCUCUCGCGUGUGUAGUUAUAUCGAGGCAUAUUUUGUGUGGCAUCUUAUCUUCCUAAACACGCGUUCCGUGUUUGUUGUUCCGCGUAUGCGAGAGUGUUUAUCCGGAUUUCCCGCCAUGUAUUAGUGCUGAUGAGUUUGUGGUUGUCGGACGGGAGGUCUUUGUUUGAUACCAGAUCGUGGUUUUAUAUCCUCAUCUUUGCUGUUGCUGCUGCUAUCGAAUGCGAGAAAAUACAACAUUAAAUGACUGAUCGAAAAUUGCCAAUUAGUCUGUCGGACCACAGCGAGUUCGGAAUCAAUCACGGAGCUGCCGCCAUUAUCGGUGGCAUCGUUGGAAGUAGUGGGGUCAUUGGAAGCGGUAGCACUGUUGCCUUCGGAGUGGGAGUCGGCCUGCCUGGUCUGGGUGUUGGACUCGGCGGAACGACAACGGUAUCGUCGUCGGUAACCGGAGGUGGCAGCAGUGGGAAUGUAAGCAGCAAGCAUGCCAUCGCACGACUGAAGCACACCAAUUCCCUCACUGCCGGUCUGCCACCGGAGUUGUACGACAAAGGGAACCGUCUAUCGCAUUCCAGUGACACAAGCCAGGCUGAAACGAUGACGUCCGUCACGAGCUCGUCUCUUGACUCGGACGAAGUCGAUCUUUCAGGGCUGGUGGAAUCGGUAGUGGAUUCCGAUGAAGAGGAUAUCGCCGAGAGUAUCGAUAGCUUGAGUGUUCGAGAUACGGUGCGAGAAUGCUUGGAAAAAGAUCCUAGCGAUCGAACCAUGGAUGAUAUCGAGAUAUUGCUUGAGUUCACACAGAAGCUAAAAGCAUUCACCAACAUGACAUUUGCCGUGAGGCGAGCACUGUGUUCGGUUAUGGUGUUCGCCGUAGUCGAAAAAGCCGGAACCAUUGUAAUGAACGAUGGAGAGGAAUUGGAUUCGUGGAGUGUGCUUAUCAAUGGGCACGUUGAAAUCGAGCAUGCCAAUGGAGAGAUGGAAUAUCUACAUAUAGGGGAUAGUUUUGGCAUUCUGCCAACAAUGGAUAAGCUUUAUCAUAGGGGAAUCAUGAGGACCAAAUGUGAUGAUUGUCAGUUUGUGUGUAUCACUCAAACAGACUACUAUCGGAUACAACAUCAAGGGGAGGAUAACAUUAGGAAAAUUGAGGAAGAUGGUCAAGUGGUAAUGGUAACAGAACUUAGAAACAGUUCUGGAGAGAAUGGUUCCCGCAAAGGGUACGUUGUCAUACGAGGCACUGUGGACCGAUUAACGCAGCAAUUAAUCGAAGACACUACCCAGACAGACCAAAAUUAUGUGGAAGAUUUCCUAUUGACAUUCCGAACAUUUAUUAGCGAUCCAAUCGACGUGUCAAAGCAGUUAUUGAAGUGGUUCAACGUAGAUACUACUGAUGAUGGGAAUGAUCUUAUAGAUGCAAUGCACCAGGCUUCCGCGAAUGACAUAUGUGAUCGCGUUACGAGAGUAGUUCUCUUAUGGGUUAAUAACCAUUUUACCGAUUUUGACACUGACCCGCAAAUGAUGGAAUUCUUGGAAAUAUUCGAGUCUGCAUUGGAAAAGAAAAAUAUGCUUGAGCAGUUAAGGUUAUUGCAUGUAUAUGCUCAGCAUAAUGCUAGAGAAAGAAAUGUAACCUUAGCAAGGAGUUCUAGGGAUGAAGAUUUAAAUUUUCAAAUUUCCGGAGGACCAGGUGGUAUUUUUAUUACCAGAGUUGAACCCAAAACAAAAGCAUACGAUGCAGGUUUAAAACGAGGUGACCAAAUAUUAGAGGUAAAUGGACAGAACUUUGAACACAUUACAUGUGCAAGAGCUCUAGAGCUAUUGAUGGGCACAACCCAUCUGAGUAUUACAAUAAAAAGUAACCUAUGGGCGUUCAAGGGAAUGCUUUCGAACAAUGAUGGCGAUUCAAGCAAACUAAAGAUUGACCUGAAAAAAGGAUUACGAGCAGACUUGUUGCAAUCUCAAAAGUCACUUGAUUUGGUAGACAAGGCGGGUUUUUUGCCCACUCCCCAGUUCCUCAUGCCACUGCCUGUGCGCGAUGAGUACGGUAGGAAAGAUUCGGGUGCGUCCACUCCAUCAUCAUCGCACAUGAACAACAACAAGGGUAGCUUCAUGACCCUAGGCGGUAAGAAACGGCUUCAGAAAGCGCUCAUCAAAAUGAAUCUGUUGCCGAAAAAUAUGGCCAUGCAAGACGACAGCAUUAAUAACAAUAGCAAUAAUAAUGGCAGUACGAACUAUGAUAGUAGUGAUCGAUCUUCUGGUAUCAGCGUAAACUUCUCGUCACAAGCGUCCUCCAUAUCGACAUCUUCAAUAACAACUGCGGAUUCCGACGAGACCCCACCAACGUCUACAUAUCAAAGUAAUCCCGAUCUCCGAGAACAUCCUCACACCCCGGCCAAAACUCUCUCAACCGAGGCAAUCAUUCCAAAAAGUGGAACGUUAUACUACGAGGAGCUUAGAGCUAGUGAUUUUCCUGAACACAUUCUCAAAGUAUACAAAUCAGAUCAAACGUGCAAAUAUUUAUUAGUUCAUAAGGAAACAACGGCACACGAGGUGGUUAUGUUAGCGUUGCAGGAAUUUGGCAUACACGAUCCUAGUUCAAAUUUUUCGCUUUGUGAAGUGAGCGUCGGAGAAGGUGGAAUGAUCAAGCAAAGACGGCUGCCGGAUCAGCUGCAGAAUCUCGCUGAGCGGAUUGGAUUAAGUUCGAGGUAUUAUUUAAAGACAAAUGGAAUCACUGAAACCCUGGUACCUGACGAUGUCGCACCGGAACUGAUUCGCGAGAGUGCGGUACAUUUUUUGCAACUGAAUGCAAACGAGCUAGCAAUUCAGCUAACGCUGCAAGAUUUCUCGAUAUUCCGACAAAUUGAGUCAACAGAAUACAUAGACGAUUUAUUUAGCUUGAAGAGUCGUUAUGGUAAACCAAUGUUGGUGAAGUUUGCUGAGCUAGUCAACAGGGAAAUGUUUUGGGUCGUGACGGAAGUUUGCAGUGAACAUAAUAUGAUGCGACGAUGUAAGAUUAUCAAACAGUUCAUAAAAAUAGCACGACACUGUAAAGAAUGUAAGAAUUUCAAUAGCUUAUUUGCAAUAAUUAGUGGGCUGGGACAUGCGGCAGUUUCACGUUUAAGGCAAACAUGGGAAAAGUUACCCUCCAAGUAUCAAAAAUUGUUCAACGACCUGCAGGAACUGAUGGACCCUUCUAGGAACAUGUCAAAGUAUCGCCAGUUGAUACAAACUGAGCUAAAUGCUCAACAUCCGGUCAUUCCGUUCUAUCCAGUGGUGAAAAAAGAUCUUACAUUUAUACAUCUGGGCAAUGAUUCUAAAAUUGACAGUCUCAUAAACUUUGAGAAGUUACGAAUGAUUUCGAAAGAAGUGCGAACAUUGCUGCAAAUGUGCAACUCUCCAUAUGACAUACUUACUAUGUUAGAGUUGAAAUGUCAACCUCCUAGCUCGGCUAUGGUUGCCCUGAAUCAAAUGUCGGUUCCAUCCAGUGGGAAUCUUAUGAUGCCUCCUCCACCUGCAGUGAAUAGUCAAACAGUAAAGCGAAGGAAGAAAUCAACGGCUGCUCCCAAUCCGAAAAAGAUGUUUGAGGAAGCACAGAUGGUAAGAAGAGUUAAGGCAUACCUAAAUAAUAUGAAAGUAACUACCGACGAGGAUGAACUUCACAAACUGUCGCUCGAGUGUGAACAGCAGGGCGGAAGUACACCAAACAACGUGCAGGUGAGAAAACGUUAUCCUUCUCCUACGCUCUCAACAACAUCGAGUACUAGUUCCACUAGCGAGGGCAAAAAAGGAGCCCUUGGUCUUGGCAUGAGUAGUCUUUCAAUAGGAAGCUCUGGAAGUGGCAAUAGUGGAGCGCCAAAAUUUGGAGCCGCAUCACCACAGGCAGUAAAGAAACUGCUCUCACUAUCAGAACAAACCAAAACUCGACCUCAUCAACCACGACAUCCAUCGGUAGGCGCGGUACUGCCACCUCCAUUGAACAACAUUCAUCACCAUAGUCAGCUUGCGCACCAUAACAAUUUGUCCCAUUUCCACCAUACCCAUCACACUCCGUAUCAUCAUCACGCCGGUAUCUCGAUAAGUCCUACGCAUGCUUCAAGCGGUAGCCAGUGCUGCAUUGGAAGUGGCACUGGAGGUGGUACCGGCGGUGGCGUCGGGCCACCUCAUCAGUAUCCGAAUUCUCAUUCGAGCUAUGCGGUUUCCAGCGGAAUUCAUUUAUCCAACAUGCAUCCUACUCCACCCAACUAUAAUGCCACCAUGUCGAUGUAUCCAAAUGGACGGCCCUCGGUCAUAUCCAGUCGGAUACUGGAAAAUUCUGUGGACACUACUAGUCAACUGCCACCACCGAUGGAACUCCCACCGGAGAGUAGCUCUUUUCGCAGUCCACCCAACUAUGCGCAAGCAGCACAUCGACGCAUUACCGGUAACAGCACCGUCAUAUCAUCCUUCCCAACGCCGCAUCAGAACUUUGGUUCAUCCUCUCGUAUCAUAGCCGCCGUUGGGAUUUCUCCCAUCACUCCAACCUACGUUCCUCCCGGAGUAAACUCCAUUUCGCCAAUGUAUACAGGCAACGUGGGAACCGGUGGCUCAAAUGCCACUGUAAACGCCGCCAACAGCAACCUUCCACCGGCCAUUCCUGCUCGUUUGCAUGAAUCUAGCGGAGUAGUGCCGCUAUCGAUCGAAUCGGUUCAACCGCCCCCACCUUUGCCGCCGAGCAUAGACCUCUCCAUAGAGAGCAGUUCGGUAACUGUAAUCAGCAAUGCAGCUCCCGAGCAACUCUUGGAGACCUCGGUGGAUGACGACAGCGAAUCGGUUGAGUGUGACGUCACUGAAACCCUGUCAACUGAAGUUUAAGCGUUAGACAAGUACUACAUCCUGCGAAAUAAGCGGCGGACAGCGACAAGUGAUGCGUUAUUCCACUAUAAUUGCUUUAAAAUCAACAGUCCUGAAAAUGUGGAUGUCGAUUUUUAUGAUUCUUACGGAUGAUACGGAUCACCGGUUAGCAUUCCAUUUUAUUUGAAUCAGAGGCGAAUGAACCUAUGCAGGUUUAAAACCUCUUAAAUAAUAAAAAAAAUAUAUUCGAAACAUGAAAUCAUGGACAUUUUUAAAAAAAUCUAUUUUACGAAAAAUUUUGAAAGCAAAUAAUUCUCAAAACUGCAUUUUAUAACAAAUUCCUAUUAAUUUAUAAUUGAACAGUGUGGGAAUUAAAUAACGACAAUAUACAGGUCGGACUGGAUUUUUCGCGGAUUUUUAAAUUACAGUCCGUAUAUAUCGAACGUUAUUUGUUUUUUCGCCAAACACUAAUUUAACAAUCGAUUUUGACCUGCUAAAACUUGCUUCAUUUUUUAAAAUGUACCGGUUAAUAUAUUGGAAGCUACACGAUCUACGGCUUCGAAAAUUGGCUUUUACCAAAACAUGAUCUAAUAUAUUGAAUCGUGUUAAUGGUUGUUGCAAAUUCCAUGUGCUUCGUAUUUCAUCGAAUUAUUUUUACUGGUUAAUCAAACUACGAAUAAUCAAGUUUCUGGUUGACAAAAAUCCACAAUAAUCGAAUCCGACCUGUAUUCCUUGAAAUGUGACACAGUCAGAUCUCCUGUAAAUAACGGUGGGAGGAUUUAUAGGUGAUCUCAUUGUAUCACUCAUACAAAAUAUGCUUGCAUUUGCAUAUCAAUCCACGUACACAUUAAAAGAUAUUGGCUAAAACUUGGACGUUUUUUUCAUAGUCCCACUUACCUGAUUUAGUUCAACAACACUUGGGUUCAUGGUUCUGUUAAGCUUCAAU